GCCUCUUAAACAAAUCGAAUUACAUUUUGCUCACUUCCGCAACCAACAAAACAAAAAAAAAAAAAUUGUAAAGAGAGAGAGAGAGAGGGAAACAAGGCGGGGAAAAGGAUCACGAUCCACUAAAUUAGUGGUGAAUCCAACGUCUUAAUCAUCGGAGAGAUCUGAUGUGUUUCUGAGAUGGAGAAUUGGUAUUGAGAUUGGUUAUAAAUUCUAGGGCAAGACGAGCUGAAUGGAACCAUUGUUUUUUUGGUGAAUUUGAGAUUUUAGAUUAGUUGGUUUGGUGGCUUUUGGAGAUUAUGGGAAAGAGAGCAAGAAAUUCAGGUAUAAGGGUUAGAUCUAAGGACAAGGGUUCAGAUGAUUCAGAUGAGGAUUAUGUUAUAUCAGACGAGGAUGAAGAAGAGGAGGAAGAGUAUGAAGAAGCUGUUGAUCUCAACGAGUUUGAUGAUGGUUGUGAUCUCAAGGGGUAUGAAGAUUCUUUUGAUGGUUUUGAUGACUCCGAAGCUGUGCAGGAUGAUGAUGAUUUUAAUGAGGUGGAAGAAGAGGAAGAUGUUAUGCUGAGGAAUGUUGAGUGGCCAAAAGUGAAGACUGGUCCGCGUGGUAACCGGAAGAUUACAGGAUGCAAGUCAAGAAAGAUGGACCACGUUGUUGCAUCUGACAACCAAGAUGUGGAUCUAGAUGACGAAGAAGAGGAGAUAGGAGGGUCUUUGGAUGGAAUUGGUUUAGGUAAGCGAAGGAGAGUUUUUUAUGAGGUAGAGGAUGAAGAUGGAGACUAUCCAGAUGAGGUUGUCGAGGAGGAAGAAGAAGAAGAGAGGGAUGUGGAAAAUGCCAGCUGUGAAAAGGUGGAUUUAGAUUCUGGUCAUAAUGGUGAAGGCGGGGAGACGACAUUGGAUGAGCAGGACAAUGUGUCACACGAGACAGAAAAGGAAGAUGAUGGAGACUAUGAUGAGGAUGAGGACGGCGAUGAAGAAUUUACCGCAGAUGAAGAAGAUGUCUCAUUAGACGAGGAAGAGGAGGAAGAAGAAGAAGAAAAGGUUUGUAAGAGAAACAUGCGAAAGCAGAGAUCUAAAGGAGGGCGUACUAGAAGAAAGAAAGGCUCCGUUGCAAAUGGAAGAAAGAGACGUGGGAAGAAAACAAAGGAAGGAGUUGAUGAAGAUGAUGAUGACUGCUUACCUGCAAGAAAGAAGGUGAAGACGAGAUCAUCAAGGCCAAGGCCAAGGCCAAGGCGUCGGUGUACUGUGCCAUCGGAUUCAGACAUUGCCUCCUCUGGAGAAUCCGAUUUUGAGUACACAAUCUCGGAGGAGGAAAGAGAGCAGGUAAGGGAAGCCAGUAGUCUGUUGAGAAGUAGGGUGAAGCAUGUGUCAUCUAUAAGCAAAACUACGGUCGUUAAAGAUUUACCUCAGCUUAGUAAGUCACCUGUGAAGAAAGGUGAGAAGAAGGUAGAGCGGGUGAAAAGGGAUGUGAUGAAAAACAUUUGUGGGAUUUGUCUGUCCGAGGAAGAUAUGCGAAGAUUGAAGGGAACACUGGACUGCUGUAGUCAUUACUUCUGUUUCACCUGCAUAAUGGAGUGGUCGAAAGUAGAAUCUCGAUGUCCUCUAUGCAAGCAGCGCUUCAGAACAAUCAGUAAACCUGCAAGAUCUACACCUGGAGUUGAUUUGAGAGAAGUUCUGAUACCUGUACCUGAACGAGAUCAGGUCUAUCAACCGACUGAGGAAGAGUUGAGGAGUUAUCUCGAUCCCUAUGAAAAUAUAAUAUGUUCCGAAUGUCACCAAGGUGAAGAUGAUGGGCUUAUGUUGCUUUGUGAUCUUUGCGAUUCAUCUGCACAUACGUAUUGUGUUGGGCUCGGGAGGGAAGUUCCUGAAGGAAACUGGUACUGUGAAGUUUGUAGACCUGUUGCACUUGGAUCAGCUAGUUCCCAAACGCAUACUACAUCCGAGCAACAAAGGGUCAGUGGCUUUUUGAGUAGACCAUCACCUCUUGUAGUUUCAGGGCCAUAUCAAGAUCCGUCUUUGCUAGUCUCCCCACGUACACCAUUUUCCAACGGAGAGUACCUUUUUUCUUCAAGGCUUCCUAAUGGUGAUGUUCAAGGCUCUUCUCCUUCCGGUUUAGGGGCAACGACGUUAUCAAGAAGAAGGACGCUUCAUAGACACAUACAAAAUAUUAUCAACGGUGAUAGGCUUAUUAAUAUGGGAAGUAGAGCUGGUGGAACAUCAAUGAUUGCUAACUCGAGUGAUGGUUUCGUGUCUACACAAAUUGGUCAUGGCAGAGAAAGAGAAGCGCCUCAACAUUCACUACAAACAGGGAUGUCAUUGUACACAAUCUCUGAGGAAAGACAACCGAAUAACAAUCCAUUGAUAUCUUCCCAUGAACCUGAGAUUUUGUCUUCAAGGUUGAAUCAUUUGGGAAGCGAAGAAGCAGUAGGACUUUUCCCUAAUGCUACAUUUCUUGGUAAUCGAUCUAGCGAUCUAGGAUUGCAUCAUGGACUGGCUCAGGGUGAACCCUUGAUUAGUAAUCAACAACAUUUACGCAGCUACAUGCCAAACACAAUGCCUUCCACCGGAGAACAACUGCAACACAGAGUUAAUGCGCAUCUCAAGAACUUGUCCCGUCAAAUUAACUUAGGUCAAGCCACGUUUGACGAGAUUUCCACGUGCUCAUUACACACGAUAUUGGCAGCUUGUGGACUGGAACACAGGAGCAGUGAAGUCCAUCUUGUUCCCCCGCCAGUGACGUGUCUUCACGAUGAUAUGAGACCUUGCAGCAGUAGCAGCAACAGCAGCAGCAGCCUGAUGAAAGGGUGUUGCUAUUCAUGUUUUGAUUCAUUUGUAGAAGAUGUAGUUAAGAUGAUUCUGGACACAAGACAACCCCAUUGGUUGAGAUUAGGGCUCCAUUAAAUCACCACUUUGCUUCAAUUUGUUUAGAUUUGUUAGAAAUUGACUUUUGUCUUUGUUCAGAUUCCGAAACUUUAUUUUUAGCCAUUGUAUAUGUUAAAGUGGGUAAAGAUUCAUUUUCACGCAAAGAGAAUUUAAAUUUUUUAUUUUCAUUUCACAA